AUGGGAAGCACGCUGUCCUACAAUGUACAAGAACAUACCGUUGAUCUCGGGCCCCGCGGCAAGAUCAAGGGCCUCCAGUACGACGACAAAGCUCGUCGGUACAGCGGCGUGCCUUACGCCCUGCCUCCAACUGGCGAGCAUCGAUGGCGCAGACCGCGGCCUCUCCCUCCGUCGUUUACGUAUUCCUCGGCCUCCCAGCCGUUCGACGCCACCUGGUUGCGUCCACCCGCUGCCCAGGAGGACCGUGAGCUGCGCACCGGCCUCGUCGCGCCUGAAAACGACGGCAUAAAGGGCACGGAGGACUGCCUGUACGUCAACGUAUGGACCCCCGUCUCCGCGGAUGCCGCCCGGCCGGCCAGGCGAUGGCCCAUCAUGGUCUGGCUGCACGGCGGGUGGUUCCAGGUCGGCGAUGCUUGCCACGAGCCGUGGAGCGAUCCGACGGAGCUGAUUUCCACGGGAGGCCUGGACGCCAUCGUCGUGGCGGUGAGCUACCGCCUCAACGUCUUCGGCUUCCUGUCGUCGGCGGCCUUGCUGGAUGACGGCGAGGCCGCCGGCAACUUUGGCCUGUGGGACCAGCGGCUCGCGCUGGAAUGGGUGCACGACACCAUGGGCGCCUUCGGCGGCGACGUCGCCAACGUGACGAUUGCGGGCAGGAGCGCGGGCGCGUACAGCGUCGAGGCGCAGAUUCUGCACGACUUCCGGCGAGACCAGAGCCCGCGCGCGGCCAGCUUGUUCCGGCGCGCGUGGAUGUCGUCCAACGCGAUUCCCGCGCAGCCGAGAAGCGUCGCCGACGCCGAGGCGCAGUUCGACGAGGUCUGCCGGCACUUUGGCAUCCCGCCUUCGUCCUCGCCGGCCCAGAAGCUCGCGCGGCUCCGGGACAGGAGCACGGCCGACGUGCUCAAGUGCAUCCGCUGUUUGGAGAGGCACACCUUUCGCCCCGUGACGGACGGGCUGUUCUUCCACGCCAACAUGGCCGAGUACCUACGGUCAGGGGCGUUGGCGAGAGACUUUGCGUCGCGAGGAAUGAAGCUUCUCAUAGGGGAAGUCGCCAACGAGGAGAGCCUAUACGCGCAAUUCAACGGCCCGGCGGAACCUACCCCGGAAGCUUUACGUCUCCAAGUGGCAAACUAUUACUCCCCUGCCAUGACGGCCAAGCUGCUGGGCCAGUAUUCCCUUCCAGAGUCCAAUGAUCUCGGGGACUGGAAGAGGGCAUUUGGAAUCAUGGUUGCGGAUGGUCAAGUCAGAGCGUCGAGCAGGUAUUUGGUUGAUGCGCUGAGCCGACAUGGCCUUACGACGGGGGAGAUCUGGCGAUAUCGGGUCGACUAUAGAUUAAGCUUCAUCGACGACGCCGUUGCGCCGUUGGAGGACGGGGUCAGCCACGGCAUGGACGGGCCGCUGUGGAAUUACUCCAUCAAUCAGCUUCCGGCCGAAGAGGAGCGCAAAAUGCUAGAUGCGUGGGUCAAGAUACUGGUUGCGUUUGUAGGUGGCGAUGACGACUUUGACUUUGGCACAAGGACGAUGGAUGAGGUCAAGGUCCAGACAAAGAAUGGGGAUAUCAAGGUCGAGAAGGAUACGAGAUAUGACGAGCUUGGACGGCUCGGCGCCAUGUUCUCACAACAGUGA